AUGACCCAUUUUCAGAUUAAGCUUUCUUCUUCUGAAGUUGUGCUGAAGGACACAGCUGAGGCUGUUAUUGUUCCAUUAAAAGAUGGCAUCUCCUCUCUGAACAGAGUCUACGAGGCCCUGAUUAAGGCAGAUGUACAUCCUAUUACUGGGCAAUGCUCCAACUACGACUACAUCAGACAGCAGAUAGUGCAGGCUCAUCAGCAUCUGCAGAGGUCAGAACAGACGGCCAGUUCAGGGUUAAAGAGUCUGGAUAAAAACUUAGAGUGGCUUACACAAGACGAGGGAAAACUCCAACGUGAGAAGAGUAGCACUGAGACUCAUUUAAAAAACCUGAGAACAGAGCAGGCAUCUAAUGAAAAAUUACUCAGGGACUCUCAGGGAGCUCUGGAGCAGGCCAGGGGAAAUCUGAAUUCAACCAAACAGACACUUCGGGAUCAGGAAAACAGGAGACACAAUGCUGAAAUCAUCACAGGUGUUGGGGCGGGGCUGUUAGUUAUACCAUUCUUUGGAUGGAUUGCAGGUUCUGCCAUGUUGAUUGCUGGCGCAGUUGAAUUGGAUCAAGCAGCACGUGCUGUGAGAGUGGCUGAAGAGGAGGUGAGAAAUUCUGAGACUGAAGUGGAAAAAUACAAACAUAAAGUAUCUGACUACGAGUCCAAGAUUUCCCAGACCAAACAUGACAUCAGUCAGAAAGAUGACAAGCUGAAGCAGACACGUGAAGAAAUCCAGAGGGUGAAGAAGCAGAUAGAGUCCGUAGCUGAUUUCCAGCAGAAAGUCAGAAGAGCUGUCCACCUCCUGGGUGUUCUGAGCGGGAGGGCCAGCGUGGCUGAACAUCAGACUCGCAGAUUCAUCCUCCAGGAGCCUGUGAUGAGGGUGAUGGAGGAUGUGAUGAAGGCCACAGAGCAAAUCACAGGGAAUGAGCUCCUCUAUGACAAUGACAUGCCAAGGCUGAUCCAUCAGAUGAAAGAGAACAGCCAACGACUGGCAGCCAUCUGUGCCUCGCAGAACAGCUCUACGAAUAACUACACUUAACAUUUAUGUUGUUUUGAACAGACAUUUAUUGAAUAAUGGAUAUUCUGUGAAUUCUUCAAUCAGUAUAAUCUUGUGCUACUUCUCAAAACUGCAUGUCAGAUUUUU